AGGAAAAGUAGGAAGAGGAGGAAGAAGAUGCAAAAGAGGAGUCCGAGGAGGCUGGCGCGAGUCCCUCCCUCCCCGCAGCGGCCCGGCCUUGGCAACGCUGCGGAGCUGCUCACGGGCAGCCCACUCUGCGGGGAUUGGUCGGCGCGGCCUUCCAGAGGGACGCCGCCAGCCAACCAGCGCCGAGCCUCCUGCCCACCGCGAGUCACGGAACUUUGGGCAGAUGCGUAUGUUUCCCCGACCCGCGGCCGCCGCCUCCCCGUCACUGGUACGCACGGGGCCGCGACGCACGCCUCCGCACGUCGCGCCUUGCACACCGAAGACACGCGGCAAGUUGUCAAAACGAGGCGAGAAUACGGCAACGAGGACAGCCGAGCCGCGCGCUGGAGCAGAUCACGGCUGGCGGACACCACACACAAACACACACACACACACACACACACACACACACACGCACAGACGCACGCACGUACGUACGAUCAUCAUCAUCAGCAGCAGCAGCAGCAGCGAGCGGCGGCGGCGGCGGAGCACACCUGGUGAACUUCCAAGGUACAACAUUCUGGGAGCAUCAAACGCGGCCGCCACGCCAGCCCACCGCCACACACGCCGUCCGCCUCGCCGCGCCACACCUCCUCUCGCCCUCCCGCACCUCCUCCCGCCCUCCUCCAUUAGCACGCCGGGCCCUAGAGGAGGCAGGGGCGUGUAGCCACAGUGGGGAGGCCGGCCAGCCGCGGACCUACCUGUUGGUGUCCACCUGAGCGGCUGUUUACAUGGUGUUUAGGCGGCGUCGCAUGUCGUGGCGAGUCAAUAGAGGCGUGAAGGGGCCCGCACUCCUCGCCUGACGGACGGCGGCUAAUAGCGGUGCGGACACGCUGACGAGGGCCUGUGCUGAGUCCGCUGCCACGCCACGGACACACGCCACGCACACCACACCCCUGCACCGCCUUCCCUCCCUCUGAUCCUCGCGAAGUGAAAUAUUACAAUACGGACACGCUGACGAGGACCUGCACGGACUGUCCUUCCCUCCACGGACACAAGGACACACGUACACGCCCUUUCAUCGUCUUCCCCCUCGCCUCCUCUUCCUGCACCCUCGUGAUGUGAAAAAUUUAGACGUAUCGAGUGAGAUUGAUCGCCGGUGGUUACGUUUGGCGGCGUCAAGUGGUGACAGACACAGUGCCCGGCGCCUCGGCACGGCUCGAAGGCAGCAGUGAUGGGCGGCAGUGACGGCGGUGACGGAUAGUGCCGGGACGUGCCGUGAUGACAAGCAGUGAAGACAGUGAAGACAAAGGGACAGAAAGACAAAGGGAAGGGAUGCUGAGAGGAGUGUUGACGGGAGAUGAAAGGUGUUGAGGUGUUGAGGUGGUAUUGGUGCUUCUUCUCUACCUCCUCCUCCUACUCCUCCUCCCACACUUCCUUCUCCUCCUCCUCCUCCUCCCUCCGCCAGGCCUCCUCCUCCUCCUCCUCCUCCACCGCCGGUCUCUGACGCAACAAGGAACACACGUGGUUUGGUGAGGCCUCAGGUGCUACGUACACACACACACACACACACACACACACACACACACACACACACACACACACACACGAGGCCAAACAGUGAAUGCAAAAAUGGAGCAAACGAGGAAAUGCGUGAAAACUGACGUAAAGAGAUGAAACUCAAACAAGACAUUUCCUGACUGAACUAAAAGAGAAAAAGAGAAAAAAAUAACUGCAAAAGAGAAGAAACAAUAUUUGAGGUGAAUUAAGAGCAAUUGAAAGAAAAAAGGAUGCAAAAUAACCAGUAAUAAUUAGACAGAAUAAAGCAGAGGGAAGGAAAAAUAAAAGAACGAUUACCGAAAUAAAAAUAUAAAAAAACUAAACGUGAAUAAAGAAAAGGAAAUACGAGAAGAUAAUUAACUAACAGAAAAGAAAAACAAAACAAGAAACAAACGUGACUGGAUCUUGUGCGUCACCUGAACCGGAAUAAGGCCAGGAAAUACGUGUGUACCUGAGAGUGGGCGCGUGUGUGCGUAAGUGUAAGCGGAUUUGUGUCCUGUGUGGGCGCGUGUAGGCGUGUAUCUGAGACAGUUAUGAGGUCAGUGAGCGUCGAGAUUGAUAGUGACAUGGUGUUGAAAAAGUCGUGAGUUUGAGACGACUUUAACGACUACUACUACUACUACUACUACUACUACUACUACUACUACUACUGCUGCUGCUGCUACUACCGUUACUACACAUCAUGGAGGCACUACUACUACUACUGCUACCACUACGGCUACUACCACGACUACUACUACGACUACUACUGCUGCCACUACGACCCCAUCAUCUUCAAGUCGUCGUCUUCGUCCUCGCCUCCGUCAUCGUCUUCACAAUUCCGGCGCACCAGUAUGAGGGGGUACACGUGCGCAUUCCCCCGGGGUACGCAAAGAAGUACCCCAAACAGGGCGUCGCGUACCCCGGGGGGCGAUACGGCAGCCACACGUACCCGCAGUACCCGCCAGCCUGGAGAGACGCCGCGCAGUACCCACACAUGCCCCAGGGUACCACAGGGGAGCAGGAACCGUCCCCCACGCACCACCACCAGCACCACCACCAGCAGGAGCACGGUGCGGCUCCCCCUGGGUACCACGUGUCCGGUAACUACAUAGGGUACCCGGUGGAGGGGAGCGUGGUGUACCCGCCCAACACGGUGGUCGGGUACCCUAACUACGGGUACCCGGUGGUCGAGGCGUCCCCCAACGAUGUGGUGAACCGGACCUUCGUCACGCCCUGGGACGCCGCCGUGUGGGACCAGCCGCUGGACCCCAAUGUGUGCCGGACCCUCGGGGGACUCACCAGGCUCCAGCUACAGGUCUGCAAUAGAAACAGGGACAUCGCGGGGGCGGCGGCCAUCGGUCUGACGUUGGCGGUCCGCGAGUGUCGGCGUCAGUUCGCAAACCACCGUUGGAACUGCACGGCGCUGUCCACUCCCACCAACAAUCCCCACACGGCCGCCAUCAUGACGAGAGGGUUCAGCGAGAGCGCCUUCGCCCACGCCAUCACCGCCGCCGGUGUGACGCACAGUGUGGCCCGCGCAUGCGCAGCGGGGCGCCUCUACAACUGUUCCUGCGGCAUGGUGAGAGGCAAGCGGGCCUGGAAGUGGAGCGGCUGCCACGACAACACACGCUUCGGGGCGCGCUACUCCCGGAGGUUCCUGGACGCGAAGGAGCGGGCGCGGGACAUGAUCACCUUCACGCACCUCUACAACAACGAGGUGGGCAGGAAGGUGGUGCGGCGGAACAGGGAGGUGCGGUGCAAGUGUCACGGGAUGUCCGGGUCCUGCGAGGUGCGGACCUGCUGGAAGGCCGCCCCGGACUUCCGCCGCGUCGGGGACAUGCUCAAGGAGAAGUACGAGAAGGCCAAGUCCGCCGCCGCUGAGGUGUUCGGCAACGCGGCGAACACGGCCAAAAAGUACCGACCCGUCAGGAGAGAAAUCAGCCCAGAUUCUCCGCUGCUCUUCGUCGAACGCUCGCCAACCUACUGCGACAACGACUCGCGGCUGGCGGUGGCGGGCACGACGGGGCGCCACUGCAACCACACCUCCACGGGCCCCGACUCGUGCGACACGCUGUGCUGCGGGCGCGGCUACGACCAGCGGCGGGAGGUGGUGACGCGCAAGUGUAACUGUCGGUUCAAGUGGUGCUGCAAGGUGACGUGUCUCGACUGCGCGGAGGAAAAGUGGAUAUCCGUGUGCAAGUAAAGCUGUUAUUGAAGUAUGACAGUUGAGGCGAAAUGAAGUGGUAAAAUUGGGUUCUUCACCGACAUAAACGUUGAUUUGAUGACUUGUCUCGAUUACUAACACGAAAACGAAGCGGAUAUCCAAGUGAAAGUGAGGCUUAGUGGAGCAUGACGAGGUGAGUUUAAGUGGAGCGAAAAGAAGUGAGAUUGGAUUCUUCACCAACAUAAAAUUUGAUGACAUGUCUCGACUACUAAAACGAAUAGUGGAUAUAUUCAUGUGGAAGAGAAGCCAUUAGUGGAGUAAGAAAUGGAGAGCUGAAGUGACAUAAGAUAAAGUGAAGCGAAGCGAAGUGGAAUUGGAUUAUUCAACGACACUGACGUUUAUAUAUUUGAUGACGCGUCUCGACAGCUCUGAGGAAAAACGAAUAUCCAAAUGUAAAAGAAACUUACAUGGAGCAUGGCGGAGAGAGAUGAAGUGAAGCAAAGUGAAGUGAAUCGGAAGUAAUUCAUCUGCAACACGAACAUUUAAUUGAGAAUAUUGUUGCUUUUGCUCCUACUGCUCUCGCUGCACUACUCUCACUAGACGCAUGUAUGUUAUGUGCUGCUAAAACAUUCAGUGCCAUAGUAAAAAAAAAAAUUAAAUAAAACGCUCUAAACUAUUAGAAAACAAGAAAAACAUUUCAAAACAAUGAGCAGCAUGGAACAUUAGAAAGACUAGCCGGAAUGGUGUAAUUCAUCUGAUGCGUGUCAUAAAUUUCCUCUUCUUGUGUGAUUCAAAACAAGACUCGACAUCAGCCGCGGAGUCUGAGCCAAGGUUUCCAGUUACUCCCGACGUGCUGAUCACAUAAAGGUAUCCUGUAUGUACAUGAUGAGAAACAAAAUAUAUACUUCUGCA